GGCGCGGCCUCGGGCCAGGCGCCCAGGCGCGCGCGGAGCUAGGUGGCCGCAACGUCCCCGCGCGCGGCCCGGGCCCGGCAGGAGCGCGGAACCGCCGCCACCGCCGCCGCCACCGCCACCUCGGCCAUGCGGCUCCCGGGCCGGGGACCUGGGCUCGGGCCCGCGCCGCCCCCCGCGCGCCGCCCUCGCUGAACCCGCGCCCGCCCGGGCGUCGCCCGGCACCAUGGUGCAGAAGUCGCGUAACGGCGGCGUGUACCCUGGCCCGAGCGGGGAGAAGAAGCUCAAGGUGGGCUUCGUGGGGCUGGACCCAGGCGCGCCCGACUCCACCCGGGACGGCGCGUUGCUCAUCGCCGGCUCCGAGGCCCCCAAGCGCGGCAGCAUCCUGAGCAAGCCGCGUGCGGGUGGCGCGGGCGCUGGGAAGCCCCCCAAGCGCAACGCCUUCUACCGCAAGCUGCAAAAUUUCCUCUACAACGUGCUGGAGCGGCCGCGCGGCUGGGCGUUCAUCUACCACGCCUACGUGUUCCUGCUGGUCUUCUCCUGCCUUGUGCUGUCCGUGUUCUCCACCAUCAAGGAGUACGAGAAGAGCUCUGAGGGCGCACUCUACAUCCUGGAAAUCGUGACCAUCGUGGUGUUCGGUGUGGAGUACUUCGUGCGGAUCUGGGCUGCGGGUUGCUGUUGUCGGUACCGCGGCUGGAGAGGGCGGCUCAAGUUUGCCCGGAAGCCCUUCUGCGUCAUUGACAUCAUGGUGCUCAUCGCGUCCAUCGCCGUGCUGGCUGCCGGUUCCCAGGGCAACGUGUUCGCCACAUCGGCGCUCCGGAGCCUGCGCUUCCUGCAGAUCCUGCGCAUGAUCCGAAUGGACCGGCGGGGCGGCACCUGGAAGCUGCUGGGCUCCGUGGUCUAUGCGCACAGCAAGGAGUUGGUCACUGCCUGGUACAUCGGCUUCCUCUGCCUCAUCCUUGCCUCAUUUCUGGUGUACUUGGCGGAGAAGGGGGAGAAUGAUCACUUUGAUACCUACGCGGACGCACUCUGGUGGGGCCUGAUCACCCUGACAACCAUUGGCUAUGGGGACAAGUACCCCCAGACCUGGAACGGGAGGCUCCUGGCAGCGACCUUCACCCUCAUCGGUGUCUCCUUCUUCGCUCUUCCUGCCGGCAUUUUGGGGUCUGGCUUUGCCCUGAAAGUUCAAGAGCAGCACCGUCAGAAGCACUUUGAGAAGAGGCGGAACCCCGCAGCAGGUCUGAUCCAGUCCGCCUGGAGGUUCUAUGCCACCAACUUGUCGCGCACGGACCUGCACUCCACGUGGCAGUACUACGAGCGCACGGUGACGGUCCCCAUGUACAGCUCGCAAACUCAAACCUACGGGGCCUCCAGACUGAUCCCGCCUCUCAACCAGCUGGAGCUGCUGCGGAACCUCAAGAGCAAGUCUGGACUUACCUUCAGGAAGGAGCCCCAGCCGGAGCCAUCUCCCAGUAAAGGCAGACGGUGCGCAGAGUCCCUGUGUGGAUGCUGCCCAGGACACGCUAGUCAGAAGGUCAGUUUGAAAGACCGUGUCUUCUCCAGCCCCCGCGGCGUGGCUGCCAAGGGCAAGGGGUCCCCUCAGGCCCAGACCGUCCGCCGGUCACCCAGCGCCGACCAGAGCCUGGAGGACAGUCCAAGCAAGGUGCCCAAGAGCUGGAGCUUCGGGGAACGUGGCCGCGCCCGGCAGGCAUUCCGGGCCAGGGGUGCUGCUUCACGGCAGAACUCGGAAGAAGCAAGUCUCCCAGGGGAGGACAUCGUGGACGAUAAUAAGAGCUGCAACUGCGAGUUUGUGACAGAGGAUCUGACCCCAGGCCUCAAAGUCAGCAUCCGGGCCGUGUGUGUCAUGCGGUUCCUGGUGUCCAAGCGGAAGUUCAAGGAGAGCCUGCGGCCCUACGACGUGAUGGACGUGAUUGAGCAGUACUCAGCCGGCCACCUAGACAUGCUGUCCCGCAUCAAAAACCUGCAGUCCAGGAUAGAUAUGAUUGUGGGCCCCCCACCCCCUUCAACUCCCCGGCACAAGAAGUACCCCAGCAAAGGACCCACGGCCCCUCCGAGAGAGUCACCCCAGUACUCACCUAGAGUGGACCAGAUCGUGGGGCGUGGCCCAGCGAUGGCGGACAAAGACCGAGGCAAGGGCCCGGCGGAGGCGGAGCUGCCCGAGGACCCCAGCAUGAUGGGGAGGCUGGGGAAGGUGGAGAAGCAGGUCCUGUCCAUGGAGAAGAAGCUGGAUUUCCUGGUGAACAUCUACAUGCAGCGCAUGGGUGUCCCUCCGACGGAAACCGAGGCCUACUUUGGGGCCAAGGAGCCGGAGCCGGCGCCACCAUACCACAGCCCUGAAGACAGCCGGGACCACGGUGGCCGGAGCGGCUGCAUCAUCAAGCUUGUCCGCUCCACCAGCUCCGUGGGCCAGAAGAACUUCGCGGCACCCCCGCCUGCACCCUCUGCCCAGUGCCCACCCUCCACCUCGUGGCAGCAGCAGUGCCACCCCCGCCCAGGCCACGGCACCUCACCCGUGGGGGACCACAGCUCGCUAGUGCGCAUCCCGCCGCCACCCGCCCAUGAGCGGUCCCUGUCCGCUUACAGCGGGGGCCACCGGGCCAGCACGGAGUUCCUGAGGCCGGAGGAUGCCCCGGCCUGCAGGCCCCACGAGGGCGCACUGAGGGACAGUGACACAUCCAUCUCCAUUCCAUCCGUGGACCACGAGGAGCUGGAGCGCUCCUUCAGUGGCUUCAGCAUCUCCCAGUCCAAGGAGAACCUGGAUGCCCUCAACAGCUGCUACGCGGCGGUCGCUCCGUGCGCCAAAGUCAGGCCCUACAUCGCGGAGGGCGAGUCGGACACGGACUCAGACCUCUGCACCCCGUGCGGGCCCCCACCACGCUCCGCCACGGGCGAGGGCCCCUUUGGUGAUAUGGGCUGGGCCGGGCCCCGGAAGUGAGGCCACCUGCUAGCCUCCCCCUGACUCCUGGCCUCCUGGUCUCGAGGCAGAUGCUCUGGGGCCCUUUUCUUAGAGCAAGGCAGUAGGGGUGCCUGUGCAGGGCGGUGGACAGGUGUGGCCCUCAGUCUCUUGCACUGAAGGUUGGCAGAAAUUCUUUUCCAGCAAGGGGCAGCCCGGCUGGCCGUGCCCACUCGGCAGACUCUGCAGACCAUUGGCCCGGGCAUGACAGAGGCCAGGGUCAAGGCUGAGGAUAGGCCCCUGGCGGCCAGGUGCAGGCUUCGUUGGGGGCAGAGUGGCAGCGAGGGGCAGAUCUGCCUUGUGAGGCUCAGCAGCUUUGAGGCCCAGGGCGUGUGGCUUUUCUCUGCCCCCAUUCCUGUCCUGCCCCAUCAUCCUGGGUACCACCCACAGCUGCUGGUCAGUGUCGCCUUCUUCCCCUGGUUCUGAGCGUCCUGUGACAGGAGCCAGCCCCACGUUCAGGACCCUGGCCUGAAGGGGGCAUGGGGGCAAGGCUUGGGACCCCCUCCAGAACAGAGUGGCCUCAGACCUCCUGAACUUGAUUCUUGUGGGGAGGGGCCGGCUCCAUAGGCUCCUGGAGGGGAUCCUUGGGGUCUCCCUUCCAGACCUGGAAGCUGGGGGGUGUCCCCUGUGUCCUCUCCCCUCUCCCCUGGCUGGACGCUGGUCACCACGCUGUGGCCAGCGCUGUGAUAUGGACCUGCCUGCAGGAAGGAGUGCUGAGUGGCUAGGGUGCCCCCUGGCUGGGCUCAUGCUCUGGGGUCCUGACUGGGCCGGUUGUGGUGAGUCGAUUUGCUCGCUGUCCUCCAGGGACCCUGCCUCACCUGUCCCCCAUCAGCCCCCCAACAGCACCCUCGCUGGACGAUGCUUCAGCCAAUGGGAAAACCCUUCAGUAGAGAUGAAGGAGCUGCCUUGUAGGUGAUCUCUCCUGUCCCUCCUAGGCUGACCAUCACCCCCACUCUCCUCACUGACCAGCCCUUGACUGUGACCUCUGGAUGUCUUGCGAUCAGUGAUGCCUGUUCCCUCCCUGGGCCCUGGGAAACAGUGGUGCCCAUCCUUCUCGUUUUGAGCCUGAGGGGCAGUCGCUUUGAGCCAGGAGUCCAACCCCAAGAGGCAGAGUGGACCCCGUCCUGGGCCCCCAGUUGUCAGUGUGCAGGGGCAUCUGGCAUUUGGGGUGACAGGACAGCAAGCCUGGACACCUAGUGCCCUCUGAGGCAGUGACCUUCCUGUGCACCAGGGCUGGGUCUGCAAAGCCUACCACGUAGUGACUUCCCCUGAAAUAUCAGGUCCAGGGAGAGCCUGAGCUGUCUCCUCAGGACGCUUCCAUCCAUCCUGGUCAGUGAGAGACUGUGCUUGCUCUCCGGGAAGGACUUUAAAAGUAGUGUCUGAGGGUUGAAUGCCCCUGGCUGUUAAGGUCCUGGCCUCUGAGAUCCCUGGGGAGCAGUGUCUACUGCAGCCUCUGUGCGUGCCCCCCCCCCGCUACGCCAGGACCCCCAGGUCCCAGCCAUGUGCACCUGUCUGCUGGCCCAGUGCAGGAGGACCCGAGCUCGGAGUCAGAACCGUGGUCUGUGUUCAGGGCCAAGGCAUGAGGAUGCCUCCCCCGAGUCUCCAGGGAGGGUUGGCUGUGGGAUCUUCCAUGUGGCCUGGGGCAGGGGGGUGCCUCAUUGGGCCCCCCCCACCCAGCGUGUCUGCUCUGUGCCCGCUUCAUGUUCUCCACCUCAGACCUUCAGUGGUGAGCAAAGCCUCUCUUUAGUGUUGACUGUGUGAAGAGACACCGGCAAGUGGCAGCUCCUCUGGGUGAGGGCGGAGCUGCCCUUUGCCCCCCAUCUUGGGAGAGAGAGGCCCCAGCUGAGGGCCCCGACAGGGCACAAGCAGGCCAGCCUCUGGACCAAGUGCAUCUACAGCCACUCCAGCCCCCAGUUGUUGCUGUCUGGCUCUGGAAGGGUUCAAUUUAGGUUGCCAGCCGCAGGGACCCACCCCCGUCGGAUCUUGGCCUGCUUGGGCCCCUGGCCUGGUAGCAGGGGCCUUUGGCCCCUGGAGAGAGGUACAUGUCCCAUCACGCGCAUGCCCUGUGCUGUGGGUCCCUGGUGACCAGAGAGGCUAGCUUGGUCCGCAGAGCUGCUAAGCCAGAUGCUGGCGCCAGGACCACUAAUGGGAGGGCCUCCGAGGUUGCAACAGGAGGGGCUGAGGCCCGACUCUCCACGUGCUGUGCUCAGCAAAGAGUCUGUGAUGCCUCCUCCAUGAAAUCCUGUCCCCCAUCUUUGCUUGGGGGACUGUUUCGGGGUGCAGUUUUAGGAGAUGAUGGGGUAGAGGCUCCUUCUCAGGGGCCUAAGCAACAUGUGUUCCUCUAUGUCCAUCUGCUGCCCCAGGGCCCCCACCUUCAGGAGGUAUGGCAGGAGAGUGCUUGGCAUUCCAGGCAAGUCGGUGCACUUUCUGGGUGACCCGUGGCUGUGGGCCCACCCUGCCCCACCGCACGUGUGGUAGGGGCUUCCCAAGAGAAGCAUCUCAGUUACUUGAUCACGCGGCUUCCCCAGCUCCGCACAUGCCUGUGCUCACACUCAUGCCUGCAGACAUACAGCACAUACACACUCAUGCAUACACACCCACAGGUACACACACAGCACCUGCACACAGAGUCACAUGCAUUCUCACCCAGACACACCAGAGUGCACACACUCACCCAUGUAUGCACAAUCAUACACACCCAUGUGCACGCACACUUACCUACCCAUGCACAGAUGCCUUGUCUGACUCGCUGUGGCUCUUCCUGCUUCAGUCCAUAGGAAUUAGUGAAUUCAGGAGUUGCAGACAGUCCUGGGAUGUUGACCCUGGGUGGGGUUCCGCUCUUCUGACCUCUGGGCAGCACCUCAGGGGGAUUCCCAGAGCCCAGGCAGGUUCCCGCCUACCCUUUUCCUCCUCCUCAGCUGCCCCGGAGGCUGUCCAGAUGCCAAGGUGGCCUAGGCUGGGCCAGGGAGGUCUUGGUGUCUGUGGGCAUCCAGCUGCAAUGUGGGGGCUCUGGUGGCUCCCCCUGCCCUCCUGAGCCAUGUGACCCAGCCUCAGGACCCUCUCCCUUCUCUGCCCCACACCUCCCUCUUCUGUGACAGCAUGAGCCAUGGCCACCGUGGAGGAUGAAGGAACCCAGCCAGGGGGCAGGGGACUCCCUCAGGGGCCUCCCUGCUGGGCCCCUGCCCCUGGGAGACCACGGCACCCUCCGGGGGGCACCACCCUCCUCUGGGGGGAUUCGCCAGGGAGUCCACCCCAUGAGAAGAGCCCGUCAUUGCCCUCUAAUUAACACUCUCAGCUGGAGUGGUCACCAGACAGCAGCUCCCCACAGCUUCACACGUUGUUUUAACUUCUCCCUUCCCUAGGCUGGGGCACCCAGGUGGUCACGGGCCUAAGAUGUCAACACAGGAUGGGGGGGAGUGUCCUCUUUUCUGCUACACUGUCAUGCUGUUUGUGGACAGAACAUGGUCCUGGGACAUUGCUGAUGCUUCUGAGGCCCCGGAGGGUGGGGGCUGCAGACAGGCCUUUGUAAGAUUGCUGGUGUUAAUUCCCAUGCUCCCCCGAUGUCAAGACCACGCCAGGUGCUGGUGGAGGCAUUGGCCUGGAUUUCUUGCUGCAGAGUCAACAUUGGUUCUGCACCGAAGUCCCCAGAAUAAAUGGCUGUGAAGAGCGCUGGUUCAGCAGGGAGGCCCCACCUGGAGGGUUCAGGGCACCCCGCCACCAGCGGGGUGGGGAGUUAUGAGCAGCAGGGUGGCUUCAUGACUCCCAGUACACAUGGCUCCAAAUUAGACACUGUUCCUCGCGUGGCACUGCCCUGCAUGGUCUUCACUGCCCUGGGCAGUGAUGUGGACAGUCCUGCCCUCUGUGACCCCUGAGCAGAACUCCAGGCUGCCUGUUUGUAUGGAUGGAUGUUAGGCCCUGCAGGGCCGGGCUACUUGCUUUUAGUGCCCAGGGGAGCCACAGGCCAUCCCAGGCCGGCUGCUUCCUGCCCCCAGGGCAAGCUCCACUUGGGCCUGUACCAAGUGCUAAGUGGGAGAGACGAUCGGGAGCUUCCUGAAGGAGGUGAUGUGCUAGGAUCAGGGGCUUACACCUGCCCUCUGUCCAAGGGGCUUAGAAAGCUGGCUGCCCAGGGUGGGACACUGUAGCGCCUGGAGCUGCACAAGUGGGGCACACAGCUCGUUGGCUUCUGUUGACUUGUGAGGAUGGGGUUGUGACGAUGGGGGCAGAUGCGGAGGGCAUUCUGGGGGGAGGAGAGUAUAGGAAGGAGGUAGGGAGCAUGAAAAAGAUGCUUGUGGGAGGAGAGACCCCUCUGUCUUGAGGAGCUCUUGUCUUGGACACUUGCAUGGGUCCCCUUGCCUAAUGGAGGUGUGACUGGAUGGCCCUGUCUGGAGAGACCCUCAGUACAGGCAGAUCAGGCACCGGGAGAGGCGAGGACCCUCCUGGGGGGCAGCCCUCAGUCCUGGGGUUGCUGGGCAGGUGUGUGGACUUUGCUGAAUGCUGCACGUCCAGCUCUGACUGAGUUUCAUAAAGUUGUUGCCUUAAUGCACGUUGACGAAAAUUCACCGUGGUCACCCCCUGCCCCCUUGGCUUCUGCCAGGCACCAACCUGCGACCCCGCCGCCUCCUCCAUCCAGGGUCCGCGGGCCCAGGUCUGCAGCAAGUACGAGGGGUAGGGGACCUCACGGCAUGACUCCUGCGGGGCUCUGCCUGCCUGCCCACCUGCGGACCCCGCCCCCAUUCCACGCCUUCCGAAGGCGGCCCAGCCCCGGCCCCGUCUGCGCUGUUGUCUUGGCUGUCUUUGCACUUUUGUUCACGUUCAUGCUCCAAAGAAUAUGUCAUGAUGCCUUCAGUGCUGACGAGCACCGUCGCGCCCGCGCCCCUGCAGCACAGCCGGGCCUCUGCUCCUGGGCCUGUCACCCCCGUGACAGGUGACCUGCGUGCCGCCCGUUUUCCAGGGACAGCUGCCCAGGGAAAGAAUCUAGUUUUCUACGGACCAGCUGAGACUCACUGACUGCACUCACUGUCAGGCUGAUGUGUGUGCCCCCCGGAGGGCCCAGCGCAGGCUGCCCAGAGACGGCGGGUGCGCGAUCUGGUGUCAGGGACACACGUGGGAGGUUCUGGGAAGCUGUAGCGCCACGGGGAGGAGUCGGAUGCCCAGUGGACCUGUGCACUUAGUAAAACACAGUGAUUCAACCUGGA